UUGAAUCAGUAGAUUGAGUGAAUUUGGCGUGAAUAUGUUAAGAAAGCUCCUUCUAAUUUUCAUGUUAAUAUGCGUGACAAAGUGCAAACGUUAUUCUCAUUAUUCGGUCGAGAAUUUGUAUGCAGUACUUGAUCGAACGUCGGAAUACUUUAAGAAUCUCAACAAUGCAUAUGAAUCAUCAAAUGCUGAUACAUCAAAUAUCGACGACAAAAUUGCUAAAUAUAUGGAAACUACAACCAAAGCAAUCCUACAGCGACAAAGGAGAACCUCGAAUAAUUUACAAUUUAGUGAAGAGAUAAACGUGCUGCAAAAUUUUGAAGAGGAUUCACCCAUUUAUCUACCAGACUUUCAGGAUAUAGCUUUUGUCCUUAUACAAGAUGAACACCAGUUGCUUUGGCUCGCAGCAGCCAUCGACUCCUCGAAAAUAACGCUAUAUCAAUUGUUUGACAAUACUUCAUCGAAUUCUAGGACAGUGUUUCCUUUGAGUUUCUACUCACAGCCUAAUGGAAAACGGAUAAUAAUAAAUGAUCAAGGUGCCGACAUACUUACGGUCGUUCAAACGAAUACCGACGAAAUCAUCAUUCUACGUCUCAAUAAGAACAAGGAUGACACUUACGAGUUUCAGUUCAAACAGGAGUUCAAUAUUUCCGGAGUGGUGCACGCAAACUUAUGGUUCGGGAUGAAUCAAUUGUACCUAGGCAUCGCUUCAGACGCGAAGGUCUUCUUGUACGUCUGGCUCGGGGAACACUUCGAUCAGAUAGACACCUUGGACUACGGGGCGAGAGAAUUGUUGUUCUUCGGACACAAGAGCUUCGUGCACGUCGUCGUUGUAGGAUCCCUCACGAGGAUAUUCCGAUUCUCCGUGCGCUCCAAUAAAUUCAUAGAGACGCAGAAAUUGCACGGCGCCCGAGACGCCAAUCUGUUUUACUUCAAAGAAAACCACUUCGAGGAGCAUUUCUUAGCCCUGGUAGAUGAUAAUUCUACGAUUUUGUAUAAAGAAAUGUACAGUCGUUUCGUGCCGUUUCAAAGAAUCGCUUCGGCGAGACAUAUCUAUUCCUUUACGAUAGAGAAUAUCGUGCUUCUUCUUGCCGCGACGGAGGCAAAUAGCGCAGUAAUUUACCAAUACAAUGGUUGGAAGUUCGUAGAGCUGCACGCGAGAUUGUUGAACAUUCGUCAGAUUCGCCAGAUUCGUUCACAUGACGGGAACACGUUGGUGAUGCAAAGUCAGGCUGGAGAAUGGAAGUUUUUGAGGCCUAUUUGGACCGCGAGGAAGACAUGGCAAGCCUUACAGAACGAAGUAGAGGCUUGGUGUUCUGAUGUUAAGCAGAAAGCGUCUCAGAGAAGUUUGGAAAAAAAUCUAGACUUAAAAAGUCCCGUGAAAAUACCGAACGCACACGUUGGUCAGCUUCGCACUCAGCACAUAAACGACCAUAAUGCAACAGAAUUGAUCCACUUGACGAAACAGUACAGGAAAACAAUGUCCAAGUUAAUUCUGGCGAAGCAGAUCUUAACGCAAGACACAAGCACCAUGCGUACGACUUUGCAUGGUAAAAAACUCACAGUGCAAUGCAAGGCAAAUUGUCACGUUCAUCGUCUAAGUACAGAUGUUGGAAAUAAAUCUAUCAACAAGUCCGGAAAAUUGGAAACCGCUAAUCACACUUUAAAAUUUGCCAAUCUAAAAGCAAAAGUGAUAAAUAACUGGAGGUGUCCCAUUCCUAAUUUCGCCAUAGACGAUAUAUUUGUUAAGGAGUCUGUUAAUGGGAUGUUGAUAAAAAAUCUCCAAGAAGGAACAUUGAAGAUUUCUGGAGACCAGGAAGUCUCAGGUGAACACUUCUUCAAUAACUUGAACACGACAAGCAUUUCUAUCCCAUUGAAUAUUGCGACGCAUAAUACUAGUGCAAUAUUGCGAAUAAAUGAGGCAACAGUAGAAGAAUUGAAUUUAGUCCAAGACGAGUUCUUCUUGCCAUUGAAUGGUUCCACAACCACAAUAACCGGCUCGAUAACGGCUACGAAAGUCAAAGUCGUAGGGCUUAUCGAGAUGAGAGGCAAAAUAACAGGCGAAAAUGCGAAUAAGUUGACACUCUUGAAAGAUAUUUACACAACUUUGAUACUACCUUACGACCUUUUCCUGCAAAACGUGACGUUCAGAAAUUUCGUCAGAGCUGACGACAUCGUCAGCACUCGUAAAUCAUCCUUGAAGCAGAUUUUAGAAAAUAGCAUACCGCUGAACUCUGACGUGCCGAAACAUGUGAUGUUAUUCAGCGAUAAAAUUCAAUGGGACAAUGUGACCAUAUUGGACUAUCGAAACUGGGUAACGAAGAAUUCGACCGAUACCGUAGUUAUCUCUGGUGCCAAAUUUGCAAUCAACAAUAUCGUUUUGACAAACACCUCCUAUGAAAAUCUUCCUAUUCCGAGAUUGACCGUUCCCGUAUGCGUUGUACAAAUUUUCACACAAGACGUCACGAGUUCUUCAAUAAUGGUGGACGAUUUAGUUGUGAAACAUUUAUACGUUCAGAAUGUUACUGGAGCUCGUGAUUUGAACAGCGUUAUGUUCGAUUCGGUGUCAGCCUUACAAAAUGUUAACUUCUCAACGAAAUUAUUCACCGGGCAAGUCUUCGUGAAGAAUAUUUCAGUGUCGGAAGUUAAAGGAAUAAAUAUAAGAGAGUUGAAGAGCCAAGUGAACAAGUGGAUAGAUGUGGAUCACAUCAAAGGACCAGUAACUGUUCCAAAGUUACAUGUUAAAACUCUACACACCCCGAUCAGUCUUUCCUUACCUACGACAGUAAAUAACGUAAUUAUGCUUGGGAACAGUAAUAUUAGAAAGAUCAAUGACAUAAAUAUGUCAUUGUUCGUCGAGAAUGUACAGAAAGUGGACGACAAAAUAUCUUUAGAACACGCAAUAUUCGCUCAUGGGUUCACGUCCAUCUACACAUAUGCUUCUUACUCAACGUUAAAUAUCUCCCAUAUAGAUGUACAUCCUAAUUUGCGCUCAAAAUGGAUUUCCAGCACUUUGAAGACGAAUGCAAUAAAUGUGCCUCAGAUUUUUGGCUACGUUGCGAACAAUGGAUCGCCGACAUUUAUUAUCGAGGGAACAGCUAGAUUUGGAAAAGAACCAAUUGUGCAAAAUAUAAAGAAUGUGAAUCUUGAAGAAUUAUCCGAAAACUUAUGGAUGUCGGAUCGGAAUACAAUUAUAUCUGGCAGCAAUAUGUAUCUGAGGAAUAUGUCUAUAAAAGCGAAAGUUUUUAUAAAGAAUGCUGCAAAUUCGUUGAAUAUAAACGUAUGGUCAAAUCUGUCAAGUAAAGUAUUGAGCAAAUCGAAGCGACAAAAUAUCAGUGUGGCUGCAUCGUUUAAAAACAUCGUGGUGCCUGCUAUAAUUGCAGCGGAUGAUUCUACUCUCAAAACGUCAGAUCCUGAUUUAAGUAAUGUGCUAACUAAUUCUUUGAUGAGAAACAGUACGAAAGCACAGAUCGUAGAUGCCACAUGGAACUUUGAAGAAUUAGUUAUAAAUAAUUUGUAUUGGAAUGGCAAAUUCAAUGAUAUUGACUUGAACACAGAAAUCGUUAGGUCUGACAGAGAGCAGAAUAUUAUUAGUGGGAAGAAGACGAUUUCAAACUUAUCAACUGAAUAUCUCUGGUCGUAUAACAAUAAAUUCUCGAAAUUUGUGAAAUAUGCUCUAACUGAAAAAUGUCUGAGUGUAACCAAAAUCAAAGGUCAAAAAACUUUUAAAGACAUUAGCUUGAACAAAUUAAGUGUUAAAGGUAAGCUUAUGGGACACAUUAUCGAACAAGCAUUGCUGAAAUCUGGAAAUCAGAUGAUAUUCGGGAACAAGAAGAUACACGGUAACCUGGAGAUAUUGUCUCUUAUCACUGACAAUGUUGUGAAUGAUAUACUUCUGAUGCACUUAAUGAACGAUCAAUUAAAGAAUCACGAAUUAGUACAAAGAAUAGAAACGGAGAUAGAUUUCAGCGAGAAUCUUGAAGUUGUCGGAAACAUCACAAUCGGUGGACUUUACGAGGGCGUAAAUUUGAGUAAUAUUAGUGAUAACAGCAAGUUGGAUGCUGUUCUGAACAGAACGGUAGAAGUUAUAGAACUAGCAGACAACAUAAUAAUCGGAUUACAUAAUCCUGCAGUUUAUCUGGAUAAAUUCGAAGAGGUAGAUGAGAAUACGCUGGAGAUCACUGCGGAUCCUGAUAUCGAGGAUGCGAUGACUCUUAAUAGCACAUGCGUCUGCGAGAUGAAAAAUCUCUCCCGAUUUUGCAACGACACGAAAUUACUGAAUAUCCUUGCCGGCAAAAAUUCCAGCACGUUUAUAAUGACGAGAUUGGUAUUGCUGGAUGACGAUGUGUUUGUAGUAAUAGUAUCAUCGGACUUUAUCUCCGUUUAUACGUACGCCGUUGCGGAACAAGAUUUUCAUCAAAGAGCAGAAUUACAUAUGCCCGAUAUACUCCAAGCGUCCGUGGAGCCAACCGAUCUCGCGCUUUGGAUCGCUCUACGAUUGCCGAGACAAACUCUGGUGCUGCGUUAUCAAGCGUGGAAUGAAUUCAAGCAAUACGUCUUACCAGCUUCGGAUACGAUCGUGACCAGCAAGACGCCGAAUAAUCAACAUUUACUCAUACUGUCGGACGGUGUGUGGAAUCUUGGAGGAGUCUUCUAUCCUGAACAUAUAUGCAAACUACCCUUGCACGGAAAGAUAAAAGCUUUCACUCUCGGCGCUGAUUACUAUAUAAAGAUAACGAAGAAAAAUAGCACAGCUAUCCUGAAAGCGCGGUACAUAGGUAAUUGAAAUGUGUAAAAUAAUUAAUUUAAUUUGAUAAUUCCUAGGAGUAAGUUUAUUUUAAAUCUAGCAAAUCUCUGCAUUCUUUGUAAAUAUGUCCGUUUAUAUUCACACGUUAGUUUCUUAAAAAAAUAUAUAUAUAUUGAUUUGCAAUGCA